GCCUUGCAAGGAGACUCUAGUAACCCUGAGUGGUUUUGCCAGCGCGCCUACGCCCACAUACUUCUCAAGAACUACAGCUGUGCCGUUGAUGAUGCCAAGAAAGCCCAACAGCUAAACCCCAGCCUUCCCCUUGCCUUCAUGCGAACUGGGUGUGUGAUACAGUAUGAAAAAGAGAAUGGGGGAAAAUAGAAAAUGUGUGUGUCUUAUGUAAAGAUGAAGAAUUGUAAUUCAAAAUUUGAUACUCACCUUUUUAGUCAUCCACUGGUUUUGCCUGAAAGUAAGUCAUGUUAAGAUUCCGCUUGGUUUUUCAAUCAUCCUAAGACAUUGUGCAGUAAGAAUAGUUUUUGUGCCCUCUUUCUCAGCACAGAAAUUUCUGUCUUAUUUCUGCUAUUGAAUUUUUGGUAGCCGAAUUUUCAAAGUAUAAGAGAAACUGUUUACUAUAUCUUUAAGUGUAUAGGUAUUUAUUUUAUUCAUUUAACUAAUUUUAAAGUUAUUCCUGUUCUCAAAAACUUUGUCAAGGUUCAUUAUCAGAGAUGCACAUAACUGGUGCGUAUGUGUGGUCAAAAUAAACGAUGCACAGCAGAUAAUACGAAAAAAGGCACUUUGCGUACCAACAUUUUUGGGACACACUUACUGAAACAACAGGAUUUUCUCCAUGUAUCACUGGAUUUUCAUCCAUUCAUCAAAAUGUCCAAGAAGCAAUCUACAUUAAGUAAUUACUUUGGUGUUGCACCACCUCCAAAGAGAUGCCAGACUGAACCUUGACAUAAAAAAACGUGUAUUCGCGGAAAAGUGGCUGCAGGAAGUAGCCUGGCUCCAAACAGAUGGCGACUGCACAGAGAUGUGGUGCAAAAUAUGCUGUGAAAAUCCCAAUCUUUCAGAUAAAAGCAGCACCUUUUAUAUUGGGACAAAAAGUACAGGAAAGAGACUGUUUCAAAUGCUGAUGCUGACAGGGACAAGGCUGAUGUAUUGAGAGGUCUAAUUGACCUUUCGCAAAGUCCCCCUCCCUAGUUACUGUUGCUAUGCCCAUCAAGCUUUUCAGAACCAUCCAGGAAGUAGCCGGAAAACCCCAAAACAUGAAGGAAGAAAUCAGCGCAUUCCCAGAGAAAAUAAGUGAUGUAUUUUGGAGUAAUUCAUCCUUAAUAUCAUCCCAUGAAAGGCAGGAGGGGUUACAGUAUGCAGGAGGGAUACAUUCAGAAUAUUAAAAGUAAAACUGACUUUUAUGGACUCCGGGCUGCCAGGUGGGACUGUAAUUGAGGGUAAAACUUACCGGUCGCAGUCAAAGAAUGAGAAAACCCAUCAGCUAAUUCUGAAACACAUUGUGGACCAAUUGUGCUCCUGCACUGUAGGAAUUGCAGAGUACCACCUGAACCACUUUGAGUCAUCAUACGAAGCCUUCACUCAGGGACACCAGCUGGACAGUUCUAACAAAACCUUUGAGAUUUGGAUCCAGCGCUGUGAGGAGAUGAUAGGAAAGCAGAAUCAGAACGGCAACGUCAGCAGGACACCGGCAGCUCCACCUGCCAAACAUGACUGGUACCAGACAGAGUCUCAUGUCAUCAUCACAAUCAUGGCAAAAAAUGUCCCGAAGGAUGGCGUUUGUGUCAACUUCAGCGAGAGAGAACUGUCUGCCACAGUGCAACUGGCGUCGGGGGAAGACCACAGCUUCAACAUCCAUCUUCUCCACCCAAUUGUCCCUCAACAGAGCACCUUCAAGAUCCUCACCACUAAGGUGGAGCUCAAGAUGAAGAAAACAGAAGCCGUCAGGUGGGAGAAACUGGAAGGGGAAGGACAGCAGUCCAACAUCAAACAUUUCACCCCCAACCAGUACCCAUCAUCAUCCCACUACACUCGCAAUUGGGACAAGGUGGUGGUUGACAUCAGUGAGGAGGAGAAGAAGGAGAAUCUGGAGGGAGAUGCAGCGCUUAACAAGCUCUUCCAGCAGAUCUACACCGAUGGCUCUGACGAGGUCAAGCGUGCGAUGAACAAGUCGUUUAUGGAGUCAGGUGGUACAGUCCUGAGCACCAACUGGAAAGAUGUGGGCACUAGAAAAGUGGAGAUGAGUCCACCCGAAGAUGUUGAAUUCAAGAAGUACUGAACCACCUCCGUGUCCCUCUCUUUCAAGCGCUCUCUCUUUAAUUUACUCUCUUUUCUGACUUUAUCUUCACCCAUCUUUUUCCAUCGCCCCUCCAAUGGAAGUCAUCAUCAAUCUCACAUCCCAGCUUCCCCUAACGCACACACCACCUUCCCCAAAUAAACCAAUUGAUCCACAGUACUGGUGUGGUCCUGCUUCAGUACAGUGACCAACAAUCCAGGUCUUUAUCACCAGACCAAACCACAGGGCAGCGGUGAGGCGUUUCACAUGGCUGCACUUCUGAACUGUGCUGCCCUCCAACUGAUGACUGGAGCAGCGCCGAACCCAUGUGAUGGAGGGCAGGUGUAGAUAUCGUCCCGAGAAGUCAUUAGAAUACUCUUGCUGGGCAGGUUUGAUUGAUAACAAUAAACAGCUAAAUGGUGAUCGAUUUCAGAAGGGAACUCAUGUCUGAACAAGGGUCGCAGACAAGACCUCAGUGGAUCGGAGGGGUUUUUAAUUGUCAUUGGUACCCUUUCUCUGCGCUCUCCCCACAGCCCAGAGAAUCUCUGUGAGGAAACCCUGUAAGGAUGUUUCACUAUCACCAUUUGUAUAAAAUUGCAUAGACUAAAUAAAAAGGAUCCAUUGUG